AUGCCCGAAGGUAGCACUCCACAGAAAGAAGUGAUGCGGCUGGUCAAUGGCCUUGCUAGCUAUCUUGGAGUAACGGCAAAUGGGAUUAGUAUCAGUACACUAUGGGACGCGAAACCACCAGAUGCAGCACUGGGGGAACCUCUUCAUGAGUUUCUCAAAGAAGUAGGAGCUAGCACGUUCCUCUAUGAGAACUACCAAAGCGCAGCCGACUUCCGAGACGAUUAUCGCGAAAAGCUCAACAAGAAUCCGAGCAUUGGAAAAACAUUCACACAAGCGCAAUUCGACGAAAGCGUACGUCGUAUGGAUGUUUACAAGGCAUGGCUCCUUGAUGCAGUCCUCGAAAUGGGAAAAAAGCACACAGUAGUAGUCACACAGAGCGAAGACGUAAAGUCAAACUAUCGAGAUGACCCACCACCCGCAUACUAUAUUCAACCAGCUUGGCACCAGUGGUGGGGUUCGUCCGUUCUUGGGGCGCCAGAGGUUGUCAUUCCAGCCGGCCAAAUGCCUUACAAGUCUCGAAUUACCGGAGUGACUGAACACUUGCCAGUCAUGGCUUCACUCCUUACGCAGCCUGGCAGCGACACGCAACUACUUGAACUUACGCAUGCUUUCUUGGAAGGCGUCGGACGUCCGACAGUAGUGAAGAGUGGAAGUACCAUGUUCAAGAUCGAGGGCAAGGCGGAGGAGGUACCCGCAAAUCCAUGGCUGUAA